AUGCCGUCGGAUGCGACCUACGACUACGUGAUUGUAGGAUCCGGGGCCGGUGGAAUCCCCAUGGCUGACCGACUUAGCGAAGCGGGACACAAGGUGCUGUUAAUCGAGAAAGGGCCACCGUCUUCAGGUCGAUGGGGUGGCACAAUGAAGCCCGCAUGGCUCCAAGGCACUAACCUGACACGGUUCGACGUUCCGGGGCUUUGCAAUCAGGUAAGAGACCUCUUCACUCCGCUGAGAAGUCAUAUUCGGCUUCCGAGGCUGACGUGUGGGACGGCGGUAAACGCAGGGCUGUGGUGGAAGCCGCACCCGGAGGACUGGGACACCAACUUCCCUGCUGGAUGGCAAACCAAGGAUCUCGCGGCCGCCACCGACCGCGUGUUCUCGAGAAUACCCGGAACCAUCACCCCUUCAGUGGAUGGUAAACGAUACUUGUCGCAGGGAUUUGAUGUGUUGGGGGGCAGUCUUCGAGCGGCCGGGUGGGAGUACGUGGUACCUAAUGAGACCCCGGAGAAGAAGAACCGCACGAUUGGACACAGCACGUUUAUGUUUUCCGGCGGUGAAAGGGGCGGGCCUUUGGCCACCUAUCUCGUCACCGCGAGCGGGAGGAACACGUUUACCCUGUGGACAAAUACGAUUGCUAAGCGAAUCAUCCGCACUGGCGGCCAUGCCACUGGUGUCGAGGUGGAGUGCAACCGUGGUGGACAUGCUGGUGUUGUGAACCUGACACCAAACACUGGACGUGUCAUCUCAGCGGCCGGAGCCUUUGGCUCUGCAAAGUUGUUGUUUAGGAGUAAGCCCCCGUUUGUUGCCGCCGUGUUGAAGAUGUCUGUACUAACCUGGCUUUAUGAAGGCGGUAUUGGCCCAACAGACCAGCUGAACAUCGUCAAGAACUCAACAGAUGGACCGACGAUGAUUGAUUCAGCGCAGUGGAUUAACCUACCGGUGGGCUACAACUUGAAUGACCACGUUGGGACAGAUAUUGAGAUCGCCCAUCCUGAUGUUGUUUUUUACGAUUACUAUGCUGCUUGGCGAUCGCCUAUUGCCAGCGAUGCCGAGACAUAUUUGGCCAACCGGACUGGCCCCUUUGCUCAGGCGGCUCCAAAUAUUGGCCCCAUCGUACGUCAAUUUUGGGAAAUCAUCAAGGGUGGUGACGGCACUGAUAGACACCUACACUGGCAGGCUCGAGUAGAGGGGCUUACCAACACCUCCAUGACUGUUACCCAGUAUCUUGGAACCGGGUCAACGUCUCGAGGAAGAAUGACAAUCACUAGGCAACUCAAUACGGUUGUCUCGACUCCUCCAUAUCUCAGAACAGAGCAUGACAAGCAGGCAGUCGUUGAGGGUCUAAUCAGUCUCCAAAAGUCUCUGGCCAACGUCGCUAACUUGACGUGGAUUACCCCGAGACCAGGAGUUUCGGCAGAGCAAUUUGUGAACUCGGUACGGACUGCCAAGAUGGGUACUGAUGAUGGGAGGUCUGGCGGAACGUCCGUGGUGGACUUGAACACCAAGGUAUACGGGACUGACAACAUCUUUGUCGUUGAUGCUUCCAUCUUCCCCGGAAUGAUCACCGCCAACCCGUCCGCUGCCAUUGUUAUUGUUUCGGAGCACGCUGCCACCAAGAUUCUUACGCUUUCUUCUGCCUAA